UCCUUGUGUUCUAGUGUCAUCAAGUUAUCCUUGUGUUCUAGUGUCAUCAAGUUAUCCUGUGUUCUAGUGUCAUCAAGUUAUCCUUGUGUUCUAGUGUCAUCAAGUUAUCCUUGUGUUCUAGUGUCAUCAAGUUAUCCUUGUGUUCUAGUGUCAUCAAGUUAUCCUUGUGUUCUAGUGUCAUCAAGUUAUCCUUGUGUUCUAGUGUCAUCAAGUUAUCCUUGUGUUCUAGUGUCAUCAAGUUAUCCUUGUGUUCUAGUGUCAUCAAGUUAUCCUUGUGUUCUCCAACUGCAGUUUUCUUGAUCAUUAGAUCCAGUUCCGUGACUGCCAUACCAUACAUGGAGAGCAAGAGUUGUCAGACUCGAAGCUCUAAUUUAUGUCAUCACUUUAUUGAAUAUUUUUCUCAUUAUUUAUGAUUCUCAUGGUUUAACAUGAGCCUUCCAGACUUCCAGUGGUUUUGUUGCAUUUUUAACCAAUAUUCAGUCGAAGUUUUUUACUUAAAAGAUGAAUAGAUGUCGUCUGGAGCUGUCUUCUAAACCCUACAUUUACUUGUCUCAAUUGAAUAAUAAGCAAUAUAUGGGGUGCCCUUAAUUUCUUUACCUUAACAUUUUUGUAAGUCCAUUGUUUAUGUUAUUAGCGUUCUCGGGGUCUCUUCUCGUCCUCCCAACAUUAAGGUAUUCAUUGUAGGUUUGGUUGAUUUUUGAUUUGAGUAGUGGGUAUUGUUGCACUUUUAACUAAUAUGCAGCCAAAUUUUUUUUUUACUUAAAAGAUGAAUAGAUCUCGUUGAGAGUUAUCUUCUGAACCCUACUUUUACUUGUCACAGUUGAAUAUUAAGCAAGACAUGAAAAACACAUUGCUCUACUUGAAAGCCAUAUUGGUUAAAAAUGCGUUUAACAUAUAGAUUAAUGCUGCCAACGAUUCUAGCAAGAACAUACUGCUUUUCCACCAUAAUUAUAAUUUUUAUUGUUAAUUGUUAGUGACUGUUCUUUUUUAUCAUUUAUACAAUAAUACCAUUGGCGAGCCAUGGGAGGGGGGGUGCAUAGUGCAUGGGUCGUCUGAAUCGCAUUACACUAGUCAUUUUGCCAAAAAAAAAUGUAACCUAUAUUCACCUGAGCUCUGACCCAUUGAGGAUUAACAAAAUGAAACUUUGAUAAAGGUUUAGAAGUGGAUCACCUCUUAAUUUUUUAUUAUUGUUGGAACCUUUAUGACUUCUUUUAUUGUUCUUUUAAUAUAGCCAGAAAAAAAUCUGUGAAAAAUGUCAAAAAGGUUUGGAUGCCUAUUUUGAGUUUUUCUGCCACACCAAGAUGAUUCUGCUUUGUGUUGUUGUGAGUAUAUGAAUGAGGAUGGGGAGCGCUCCCAUGUGCUUCUUGCUUUCUGCAAUUGCGAUGCCAUUGAUGAGGCAUUUGAAAGGUUGUUUACUCUACAGUCCCUAGAAAGAGGAAAUGUUAAAAAGGUCAUAGACACUCUGUCAGAUCGUCUCAGAAUACCUUGGUGUGGAGGGGCCAAGAAGGUUCCAUUGGAUCUGUCUGGUGCUGUACUGUGUGUGAUCAUCACUGUUUUCUUGGGCUGUUUUUCAUGGACUCUUACUGUUGUUACAUAUGUAGUUAUCCUUCCAGCCAUGUUGUAUUCAGUUCAUAGGUGCAUCAGAAAGAAGGUUACUCAUGAGAAUCCCACAACUUAUGGAGCAAAAGGAAUAAGAGGCGUUAAGUAUCCAAGAUCAAGGUUUUAUUUUGCUUGGGUGACAGUAUCUCUUGCAUCUCUGCUCAUAAUAUAUUAUACACAAGUAAUUCCUCAUGUCAAGAUUAGUCUUUAUGAGAACUUUAUCUUCAUGGUCUUCACCUGCCUUUCCUGCACCUGUCUCUAUCUCGUUCGUGCUACCUCUUGUGCUGGUUUUGAACCCCAAAACAAAGGUGUGGAUGAAGAAUGUGAGGAGGUAAUUGAAUCUGGAGCGUGGAGGUUCUGUGGAAAGUGUGAGACACAGGUGCCCAGGCAAGCUACACAUUGUCGCACCUGUGACACCUGCUAUCUGCUGCGUGACCACCACUGCAUAUGGUUGGACACAUGUAUUAACUGUGUGAAUGACCGGUGGUUUGUGAUUGGUCUGAUUUGUGGCUUAUGUGCCUUAUGCUAUGGUGUUCAUCUGAGUCUCACCACAGUCUGCCACCCACAACAUCUUGAUGUCUACUUCACCACACUUCUCGUCCCUCACCGUUGUCCAGAUGCAUUUGCGAGCCUUCAAUCAAGUUUAUCAGUGUCGGGGGCCUGUUACGGUAUACUCCUGGCAACGUUUGUAGCUGUAGCCCUGGUUCAACAACUAGUCUGUGUACUCAGUGGGGUUAGACUGAGAGAGUAUAGGAGGAGAAGAGAGCUUCCUAACCAGUUCAGUUGCUGUUCUUUUAGAAAUGGUUUUAGAAAUUGCUUCGUUUUCUGGUGGAGACGGUGAAGGUAUUAUAUAUUUUACUUUACAAUUGUGGGAUGGGACCAUAAUUCUCCUCAGGAAUGUGCUUUGUCACCAGUUGAAAUACAAAUUAAUAUAAAGAUUGCUUUGUGAUUCUAGACACAGAAAAACUCCUGUCUAUACCAGUAGCUGGGGGGUACGGUACUUUUGUGCGUGAGGUGCAUAGAGAAUUACUCUUUAAAUUACAGUAUGUUAGUGGGACAUUUAAGGUGUAAAAAAAAAAAUGAAUAACCAUCUGUCAUCCUGGUAAUAACUGAGAUAAUGAAAUUUAAGUUUAACAUUUAAAAUGUGGGAAAAAAACCCGACCAAGUGCCUUUUUAUACAUUUACAUUUUUAUGUUGAGCAUAGUGCAGAAAUUCUAUUUUAUCAGAUUCUAGGUCAGUGGCUCCCAACCUUUUUUGCCUGCGACCCUAAAUUUCCCAACAAUAUGGUGUCGUGACCCUCAGGCAUAUAAUAUAGUAUAUAGCUUGAAUGUUAAGCAAAAAUUUUUUUAUGACUUUAUGAUAAGUACUAUAUUUUAAAAAUUGUUUGAGGGCCCCCGCGACCCAACUGAGGACACCCUGCAACCCUGAUUUGGGUCGCGACCUGAGGUUGGGAACCGCUGCUCUAGGUGGUUGGAAUUUUUUUUCAAAUUUUUAAUAUGCUAAUUUAGAAUGUUAUCUCAGUUGAUGAGAGGUUACACCCCCCCCCCUCUCUCCUCCAUUUUUUUUAUACAUCUUGGAUGUCCCACUAACAUAAUAUACAGAGUAAUUCUCUAUGCACCUCAUACAUAGAGAAACCCCUUGUAUCGAAGGAGUCGUUAUUAUUAUUAAAGCUUAGGUGAUAAUUCCCAAAGAACUUGAGUGUUACCUGAUUUUUUUGUAAAAAUAUGUUUUUCAAUGUAAUAUGCACAAUAGUCAUGUAAUUUAUAUGAUUUUACAAAUUGAGUGUUUAUGUAGCACUACUGUAUUUACAAGUUGAAUUUCUACUGAAAGUAUUACAAGAUACUGUACUGUCAUGUUGACGAGACCCACAAUGAUGGAAACACUGUACACCUUGAUGCAAGGUAUGAGGGAAAAACCUCAAGUUAUCAUAUAUCUUUAUUGAGCUAUUAGUGUUGUAAUAAACAAUUUAACUCAUGGAUGGUAACAAUAUAUGCAUAGAAGUUGUGUUAA